UAUGAAAUCGAGCAAACAUAACCUCCACGUCGGUACACGUGCAAUGCAUUUUGCAUGAGUUGAAUGUUAUUUGAAAAAAUAAACACAAUCAGUGGCGAAUACAAAGGAGGAGCUCGAACUUCCUCUUCGUUAAUUAAAAAGUCUAUUAGCUAGUGUUCAGACGCUUCGAAAUAUUCUAUCCUAUUUGUGUCGACAUUGUUAGUCUAUUUUCAUCUGAAACUUCGAAUCUGUUCGGAACUUUUGGUUAGCUUUUCCUUUCGAACUCGUGAACUCGUCCAAGUUCGCUACUGAACGUAAUUGGUUCGAAUGGUACGAUGUCUGUCAAGGAUGCUAUGAAAACAUUUACGGAAAUCAUGCGGUCCUUGGAUCUGGCGGAUAAACAAAUUUUUUUAUCGUUCAUUGCUGACAAAUGGAAACCUGAAGAAGCGAAAAAUCCAUCUUUUUCAAGCAAUAACAUAGAUGGAUGUUGUAAUAAAAAUGAUUUGCAAGAGGAACAAGUAAGAAAUAUAAAAAAAAUUGCUGUGGAUAUCAGAAACAGAAUACCAUUCGAUGGUAUACUUUCAUCGGAAUGUAUCAUACCACCAACCAUUGGAGAGUUUGAUAAUUCUUUAGAAUUCGGAUUGCACUGCUGCAUCCACAAAGCAUAUCGAUGCAUUCCUUUAUGACAACAAGGAACUCGAUGAACUUAUAGAAGAAGGAAAAGUACACAAUUUAUACUGUGGCAAUUGUGGAUC